AUGGGAUAUCGAGAGCUGACACCCGAACUCCAGGCUAAAGCGGAGAAGGAGCUAAACGAGGAUCCCAAGAGGAGGGACCAGGACAUCCAGCACAUCAAGGAAUGGCUCAAGAAGCAGCCCCACCUCAAGGCGCGUGAUGACGACCAGUGGAUCCUGACGUUCUUGCGCGGCUGCAAGUUCUCGCUGGAGAAGACCAAGCAGAAGCUGGACAUGUACUACACCCUGCGUUCUGCUCUGCCAGAGAUCUUCACCAACAGGGACCCCUUCUCGCCGACCGCCCAGAAGAUAAUCACCUCCGGGAGCGUGGUGGUGCUGCCCCAGCUGGACGACGAGGGCCGGCGCGUGACCAUCCUGCGGACGGUGCUGCCGGCCAACGCGGUCCCCCUGCACGAGAGCGUCAAGCUGAACAUGAUGGGCGCGGACGCCACGCUGAGAGAGGACGACGCGGCCGUCGUCUGCGGGGAGGUCACCAUCCAGGACAUGCAGGGCAUGACCAUGGCGCACAUGUCCGCCUGGACACCCUGGCAGCUCAAGCGCUUCAUGACCUGCUACCAGGAAGGAUACCCACUUCGACCCAAAGGGAUUCAUAUGAUCAACUGCCCACCAGGCGUUGAGAAAGUGAUGUCGGUGCUUGAUUCCAUACUGAAGGAGAAGAUGAGGAAAAGGGUCAUGAUUCAUCCCGAUCUGGAAUCGUUGCACAAACACUUCCCAAAGAAAAUACUACCGGCAGAAUAUGGAGGGGAGGCAGGACCUAUCGAUAAAAUACAAAAUAUGUGGAAGGAGCGCAUUGAGAGGAACGCUGAAUUCUACAAAGAGGAUGAACAGUACGGCGUGGACGAGUCCAAGAGGCCGGGCAAACCCAAGACGCAGACAGACCUGUUUGGCGUAGAGGGCUCCUUCCGACAGCUCAACGUGGACUGAGGCGGCGUCUUCGUUAGAAGAGACGCUUCCGAGAGCUCACAUAAUGAUGGGGAAAGCACGGAGUGGUUCACAACAGCAGAACAGCCCCUUA